UGAUGUCUUCAUUUGAUUAGGAAUAACAAUUAAGAAAACCUUCAGAUGUUACUGCUAUCUUUUAAAACUAUCCUUAAGAUCAAGAAGAGGAUCAAUAUAUCGAGAAUUUACCUUUACCUGCCUUACGAUAAUAUAAGUAAUAAUUUAAAUUAUAAUUCAAGGAGCAAUUUUUCAGAUGAGGAAUACUUCAUAAAUGGAAAGUUGUAAAAUUUAGGUGGUAAUGAACAAGAAUAAGGAAUUUUUAUAAAUAUUAAUCAAAUAGAAGAAAAACUUUAAACAAAAAAUUUCUAGUCACUUGAAUAGGUAGACAAUACUAAUCAAAAUAAUCGCUUGUAGGGAAAGAGAAUUAGAAGAACUAACAAUUAUAAUGUAUAUAUAGCAUAAAUAAAUUUAGGAAUUUUUUGAUUAACAAUUAGAUGAAUAGAAUAAAAAUAAUUCACCUUGUAAAUGUAGUAAAUCACAUUGUUUAUAACUUUAUUGUGCUUGUUUCCAUAGAAAUAUUGAAUGUUCAAAAUUAUGCAAAUGCUAUGAUUGUCAUAAUAAAUAGGAUUAUUGUUAAAUUAGAAAUUAAGCUUUUGAGAAAGUGAAAAUAAAAUAAUAGAAACUCAAGCAUGAUAAAGAUUUAUUUGAUAAAACAACUGUAUGGGGAUGUUAGUGUAAAAAGUCAUAAUGUAAAAAAAACUAUUGUGAAUGUUUCAUCAGAAAUAAAAAAUGCUCAUCUUUAUGCAAGUGUAAGAAUUGUGAAAAUAAAAAGAGAAUACAAAACUUAAAAAAAUAGUGA